AUGAGCGAUGAAGUAAAAGCUGAUGUUGAUUCUCAAUCUGAUGAAAUCAAUCAACGAGAUGAAAAAUCAGAAGAAUUAAUUCGAAAAUUACCUGUGAAUGAUGACGAAGAGAAUGAAUUAGAACUUUUAACACCGAAUGGUCGUGAAACUCCAUCGGCAACGUCGUAUUCAGAUAUAAUUAUUCAUAAAGUAGAUGAAGAAAUACCAGUUGCUGAAGAGAAUUCAAAUGUAGAUGAUACUCAACAACUACUUGAAACUAUCGCCGAUAAAUCAAACAAACAAGCUAGUACUAUUAUAUUCAACAUGCUUGUCGAAGGCGAUUUUGAUUUAGAUAAAAAUUAUAUUAUUCAAAAGCCAAAAAAUCUCGCAAAAUUAUUUUCUAUUUUGAAUAAAAUGUCAUCAUCGUUACAAGCCGAAAUUCUCAGUGUACUAAUCGGUAUAAUGCGUAAAAGUGAACGAAACUUAUUGGCUUGUAUUGAUGCAAAUAUAUAUUAUAAACUGUUCGAACUGCUAAAUGAUAUUGAUGAUAUUGUAGCUGAUUUACUAGUUGAUAUUUUAACUGUAUUAACAUCGUUAACAAUCAAUGUUAGUGAACUAAAACUUCUUUUGCGUUAUUUAAAAACUGAAAAUAAUGUUUGGAAAAAACACGCGGUUAAAUUAUUGAAUAUAUUCAAAAGUUUUCCGUAUCGACAUGGCCCAGAUGAUUUCUUUAAUUUUCCCGGUCGACAGGAUUCCGGUUUAGUUUUACCGCCGAUUAAAACAUGGCCAUAUCAAAAUGGUUUCACGGUUUCAACAUGGUUUCGCAUUGAUCCCGUAGCGAAUAGUGUUAUUGAAAAAGAAAAGCCUUAUCUAUAUUGGUUUUGCACUUCGAAAGGUCAUGGCUAUGCAGCGCAUUUUGUUGGCAAUUGUCUUGUAAUUACGUGCGCUAAACCGAAAGAGAAAAAUUUUCAACACUGUAUACAAUUCGAAUUUAAAUCACGUGAGUGGUACAUGAUAACAAUAUCUCAUCAAUAUCAACGUUGGGCUAAAAGUAGUAUUCAAUGUCAUAUCAAUAGUCAACUUGUGUCGACUGCUUAUUUUCCAUGGAGUAUCGAAACUAGUGACCCGUUCGAUAAAUGCUACAUUGGUUGUACACCUGAUCAUAGUGAUUUAACAAGUUUCUCGGGCCAAUUGUCAACAUUUUAUUUAUUCAGUAUAUAUUUGGAGCCAUUGAUUGUUCAAGGUCUAUAUAAGCUAGGACCUGCAUAUAAAAAUCAAUUUAAAUUUGAGAAUGAAAGUGCACAUAUAUUGACUGAGCCACAACGCAAGGCGAUGUACGAUGGAAAAUUAAUGAAUUCCAUUGUAUUUAAUUAUAAUCCUGUUUCAUGCGAUGAACAACUUGUUUUACAAGCAGGUCCAAAAACAAAUAUGCCCUAUUUUGUUCACAAUGCUCAUGCGCAAAUGUUGAGCAAUGUUCGAUCUGUUGUAGCCCAUUCGAUUUACUCAACCUUACAUUCAAUCGGUGGUGUUCAAGUAUUCUUUCCGCUCUUUGGUCAAUUGGAUCACGAGCAAAUUGAUGGAUCGAUUAAUUAUAAUGUUUGUUCAAUACUUCUGUUUACUUUAUGUGAAUUAAUUGAACGAUCAUAUACAAUUCAACAUCAAAUGCUUACUUCGAAAGGUUUUCUCAUGAUUGGCUAUUAUCUUGAAAAGAUCCAAAUGAGAUUGUAUACCUAUUUAGCAACAGAAUUUGUUUCCUAUAAUGAAAUGUAUGAUUCAAUUCGUCCAAUCAGUGGAAUUAUUCAAACAUUAAAUACACUUAAAUAUGUCUAUUGGAUUGUUGAGCCUACUCGUCCAAGUAUUUAUCAAGCGAAAAUUUUGGAUGCCGAUCGACCAACACGCGAGCAAAUUGUUGAAAUGAGAUCGUAUAUGCUAUUGUAUAUGAAACAACUUGUUAUAAGUGGUCCAGGUACACAAGAAGAAGAACUUCAAGCUAUACUGAAUUAUCUUCAUACAAUCAAUGAAGAUGAAAAUAUCAUUGAUGUAUUAGAUUUAGUUGUUAGUCUAAUGUCGGAACAUCCAAAAAAUAUGGUUCCUGCGUUUGAUCGUCGGCUAGGAUUGCGCACGGUUUUUAAAUUACUUGAAAGCACCAAAGAAGGAAUUCGUUUGCAAGCUUUAAAAUUAUUAGGAUUUUUUCUUCAAAGAAGUACAAUUAAACGUAAGGCAGAUGCUAUGCAACCACAUAAUCUAUUUUCAUUAUUGGCUGAUCGACUUUCACUUCAUUCAAAUGCAUUCACAAUGGCUACUUAUAAUAUUUUAUUCGAAAUACUCGUGGAAAAAGUCAGUGGGCCCAUCGUUGAAAAACGUAGUUCGGAAAUUACAAGUGAUUGGAAGAUUGAAAAUUCCGCAAUGAUCAAAGUAAUUGCAACGUUACUUCGAAAUUCACCUGAUAAUGUUCAUUUAUACGAUAUAAAAUCUCGCUUUCUUGAUGAUAUGAUUUUACUUUCAUCGUCAAGUCGAGAAAAUCGAAGGGUGAUUUUACAAAUUUCCGUUUGGCAAGAAUAUCUAUUGGGUCUUGCCUAUGUUUAUCCAUCAAAUGAACAACAGGUCGCUGUUACCGAUCGUGUUUUUGAAUUAUUGAAAAUUUUAUUACAUCAUGCUAUCAAAUAUGAAUUUGGUGGAUGGCGAGUUUGGAUCGAUACACUUUCGAUUUUACACGGACGAGUAACAAAAGAAGAUUAUUAUCGAAAGAUAAAUAAAAUGGUUGAAAAUAUGAAGGAUGAUGAUGAAAAUGAACCAAAAACGCCAGUUUCUACACCCACAGCAAGUGGCUCGGGAACACCCUUUGACGGGCAAUCAAUUGUAACACCGACUAAGUCUGUAUCGAACCGUCAAGUAUUCAGUAAAACGAAUCAAUUACCACCAUAUACAAUAUCGGAAUUUAAAUAUUCUCCAUUGCACAUUCGUCUGUUACAUAGUGUUUUCGAUGCAAUCGAAUCGGAUGUUCGUGCAUGGAAAGCUGAGGCUCCUAAACCAAUUACUGAUUUUAUAAAUCAUUCAGAUAAUCAGAUAUUUUGUGCUAAUAUAGUACAUAUUAUUUCUCAAAUGGCCGAAAUUUUAUGUAAUGCAUGUGGCGGUCUGUUGCCAUUACUUGCUAGUGCAACAUCAGCAUCGCAUGAAAUAGAAAUAUUAGAGAAUACAGAAGGUUUAUCACCAUUGAAUGCGAUGAAAAUAUUGAAGCGUGUCAUGAGUCUAUCAGAUUUAUUUAUUCUUGCGAAUACGUCGAAUUUUUCAGAGCUUGAACAAGAAAAAAGUAUGCCGACGGGUGGCAUUCUAAGACAAUGUCUUCGUUUAACAAUGACAACUGCUGUUCGUCAUUGUAUGGAAUGUCGUUUUCAACGGUUUGAUCGAUCAUUCGUAUCGAAGCCUUCGGAACCACUGUCACCACCACCUCCAUCAGCAAAGCCUGCAAUGAAAGAUCCGAUUGAAUCGAUCAUUGAAUUAACUUAUCUCAUGAAUUCAUCCCCGGAAAAUGUUGCGGAUGAAACUAUUGAACGUUUAGUUGCAUCGUUUAUUAAAAAUCCUGAAUCAGUUUUACAGGAUAUUGAUAUUCAACGUUUACGUGCUAUUAUCUAUCGUGACGUGGAUGAUACAAAACAAACGCAAUUUUUAGCUUUAUCAAUUGUUUAUUUUGCAUCGGUUUUAAUGGUAUCACGAUAUCGAGAUAUUAUUGAAACAAAUCAGGCAUCGCUAUCUCGAACAGCUUCAUUUAUGAGUGCAACAAAUAGUAUUCGAAAUGGUUCAAUUAUGGAAAGUAAUACGGAUGCAGCUAGUUUGAAUGGUUUAAGCUCAAUUGUAGCGCCCAUAACAAACAAUAAUAGAAAUUCCAAUGAAACAACAUCCUAUGAUGAUCGAGCUAAUACUGGAAAUGAAACUGACAAUGCUGAUUCGCAAUCAGCUGAUAAAAAAUCUGUCGAUUUAAAUGCUGCAACUAGUCAAUACACCAGUAUAGCUAGUAUACCCAUAAGCGAUCCAUCGACAGUGAAUCAACGUCGAAUGUCUGAAUCAAAACUUCCGGAAUAUCCGAAAACAAAUUUUGAUUCGAACGAACCAUCGGCUAUGAAUAUAACUGAAAAAUUAGAACGAACAUUAUUAAAUGUAGCACCAUUUUUGCGCGAUAUAUUUACUGAAUUUUCACAUAUUCUCACAAAAACAUUAGUUGGUUCACAUGGACAAGAAUUAUUGCCCAGUGGUUUACAUGCUCUUAAAGAAACAGCAUCGGUUGUUGAACUUGUUAUGCUUUUAUGUUCACAAGAAUGGCAAAAUUCACUUCAAAAACAUGCUGGAUUAGCUUUUAUUGAACUUGUCAAUGAAGGACGUGUACUUGCGCAUGCGAGUAAAGAUCAUGUUGUUAAAGUUGCCAAUGAAGCUGAUUUUAUACUUAAUCGUAUGCGUGCGGAUGACAUUCGAAAAGCAAGUGAAUUCGAACAAUUAAGCACUCAAACAGCUUCGGAACGUAAAGACGAAGAAGAACUUUGCGACCAUUUCAUCAUGGCAUCACGCCAACGGCAUGAAACCAAUGCAUCACGUUUAAGAGAAAAAUUUCUCGCGCAAAUGAUCAACGACAAAACAGCUUAUUUGAAUAGUUCGAAUUCAUUCUGGAAAUUAGAUCCAUGGGAAGAUGAUUUACGACGACGCCGGCGUUUAGUAUCGAAUUUCGAUGGAACAUCACAUAACGAGGCUAUACCAAAUUCAUCGUCGAAUGAAACCGAGGACGAUAUGAUAUUAACGUUGACUAAAGAAGAAAAUCUAUUAAAACAAAUCAAACAAAAAUCACAAAAUUUUCUUCCAAAUAAUAACGAAGAUGAAAAUCUAUCGCAAGUCGACGAAAAAGAUGUUGAUCAGGAAUUUUCCGGUCCCAUACGUUAUUCAACGGAAUCGUUUUUAAUCUGCGGAACUCUUGCUAUACGUGGUACUCUAGCUAUUACCCAUCAUGCGCUGCUUUUUGAUACAAAUGAAGAUGAUGAAGGUUUCAAAAAUCUUGAUGAAAAAAUGAUUUUCUACAUUGAUAAUCUCCAUGGCAAAUGGCAUUUCAAUGAAAUACGUGCCAUAUUCUCUAGACGAUAUCUCUUACAAGAUAAAGCAUUGGAAAUAUUUGUGUCAAAUAGAACAAGUGUUAUGUUCGCAUUUACUGAUCGUUCAAUUGUUAAAAAAGUUGUUGGCCUUUUACCUCGAGUUGGUGUCGGUGGCCGUUAUGGAUUACCACAGCAACGACGAACAUCAUUAGCAUCACCAAAACAGCUGUUUCGUUCGGCUAAUAUGACGCAACGAUGGCAACGACGUGAAAUUUCUAAUUUUGAAUAUCUUAUGUAUCUCAAUACGAUUUCAGGCCGAAGUUAUCAAGAUUUAAAUCAAUAUCCAAUAUUUCCAUGGAUUAUAGCUGAUUAUGAAAGCGAAAAGCUUGAUCUAAAUAAACCGGCAACUUACCGAGAUUUAUCCAAACCUAUUGGAGCAUUGAAUCCUGCAAGAAAAUCGUUUUUUAUUGAACGCUACAACAAUUGGGAAUCAGAUAGCAUACCUGCAUUUCAUUAUAAUACUCAUUAUUCGACAGCUGAACUUUCACUUCAUUGGCUUAUUCGACUUGAACCAUUUACAACAUUUUAUUUAAAUUUACAUGGAAAUCAGUUUGAUCAUGUCAAUCGAACAUUUCAAUCGAUUCCUCUAUCGUGGCAAAAUUGUCAACGUGAUUCAUCGGAUGUUAAAGAAUUAAUUCCGGAACUUUUCUCCUUACCGGAAAUGUUAACUAAUUGUAAUGAUUAUGGAUUUGGUAGCGAUGAUGAUGGUGCUAAAAUUGAUGAUGUUAUUUUACCGAAAUGGGCUCAAACAUCAGAAGAUUUUAUUCGAAUUAAUCGAGCGGCUCUUGAAUCUGAAUUUGUUUCGUCGCAUUUACAUCAAUGGAUUGAUUUAAUUUUUGGUUAUAAACAAAGAGGACCAGAAGCAAUUCGUGCUACGAAUGUUUUCUGCUUUUUAACCUACGAAGGUACUGUUAAUUUCGAUGCUAUUACCAAUCCAGCCGAUCGUGCUGUUCUCGAAGCACAAAUCAAAGUUUUUGGUCAAGCUCCAUCGCAGAUUUUAACUGAACCACAUCCACCACGAAACUCGGCCAUUGCAUCCAAUCCAACUAUGCACCAUGUUUCGCCUGAAGAUGUAUCGAUGAUAAUGAAAUUUUCAUCAAAUGCACCCAUUAUUCACGUAGCUGCUAAUACGGCACCAACCGUUCCAGCACAAGCAGUAAUUACAAUUAGUAAUAAACAUGAUUUUUCAAUUAAUAAAUAUAAUCAAAAUGCGGGGCCAUUACCGUCAGCUUAUUCCGAAGCUGCACAGACAUUAACCGGACAACAAGCGCAACUACCAUUAAGCAUGGAUUCACUUUUAAUAUUAAAUACAGGCUUACAUCGUCGUCAUCUUGGCGAUAAUUUCGAUGAACGCAUUUCGCAACGUCAUCAAAGUUUUGUUGUUACGGCCGACAAUCGUUUUAUAAUCUCUACUGGUUAUUGGGAUAAAAGUUUUCGCGUACAAAAUACUGACAUGGCAAGAACGACACAAGUACUUUAUGGUCAUUUCGAUAUUGUUACAUGUGCAUGCCGUUCGGAAAUAACAAUCGCCGGAAAUUGUUUCAUCGCUACAGGUUCACGAGAUUCUACAGUUUGCAUUUGGAUAUGGAACGGAACAAAAGGGGCCAUUGUUGAUAAAGAAUAUCCAAAUCAAGAAGUAAAUCCAUCACCAGCGGCAAUUUUAACAGGUCACGAUACAGAAAUCGUAUGCAUUUGGAUAUCGGCUGAAUUGGGUAUUGUUUUGAGUGGUAGCGAGCAUGGUCUUGUCCUUCAACAUACACUUCAAGGUGAAAUUUUACGCGCAUUUGAAAAUCCAUCGGAUAUGGCUACACCGCGCCUUCUAUCACCGUCGAAUGAUGGAGAUAUUAUUGUUUGUUAUGAUCGAUCAAAAUUAUCUCUAUACACUUUAAAUGGAAAAUUGAUGCGCCAAGCAAUUUUCGAAGAAGAAACAAUUCAAAGUUUGGUAUUGAAUGCCGAUGGUCAAUAUACGGUUAUUGGAGGUGAUCGAGGUUUCGUACAAAUUAUCCGUACACACGAUUUACAACCGAUCUAUGCGUAUCCGCAGUGCGAUGCUAGUAUUCGUUCAUUGGCUAUUACUCAUGAUCAAAAAUACAUCAUAGCAGGCCUAUCGACAGGUUGCUUAAUUGUUUUUAAUGUCAAUUUCAAUGUUCUUAAUCAACCUCGACGUGAUCCAACUGGUACAGUUACAAACUCAACAAAACACAUUCAAUAA